UUUAGACGCCUUUGUUUUUUUUGUGUCCAUCCACAAAAAAAAAAAUCAAAGGAACGCAUCCAGAUCUGAGAGGAAGCUCUUGGAGGUUCUUCUCUUUCUCACGCUCACAUCCCUCCAUAUUUUUGGCAUCGCCUCUGAGUUAUUGCAGCCAUGUGGGAGUUCCGGUCCAUGUCUUUUUGGCGGGCUGUGUUUGCCGAGUUCUACGGCACCAUGUUCUUUGUGUUCUUCGGGAUGGGAGCAGCUCUGCGUUGGACCACCGGGCCACACAACGUGCUCCAAGUUGCCUUCUGCUUUGGGCUGGCAGCUGCCACACUCAUCCAGUCCAUCGGCCACAUCAGCGGUGGCCACAUCAACCCAGCUGUCACGUUCGCCUACCUGAUUGGCUCUCAGAUGUCCCUGUUUCGUGCUUUCUUCUACAUCUGCGCUCAGUGUUUGGGCGCGCUAGCUGGAGCCGGUGUGCUGUAUGGGGUCACGCCAAGCAAUAUGAGAGGCAAUCUGGCCCUGAACACGCUUCAGCCAGGCAUCAGUCUGGGAAUGGCCACCACCAUAGAGAUAUUCCUGACUCUGCAACUCGUGGUCUGUGUCUUUGCCGUGACGGAUGAGAGGCGAAAUGGGCGACUGGGUUCUGCUGCCCUGUCCAUUGGGUUCUCAGUGCUUGUGGGCCACCUGCUGGGGAUGUAUUACACUGGAGCUGGAAUGAACCCUGCCAGGUCUUUUGCCCCUGCUAUGCUUUAUAGGAACUUUAUUAACCAUUGGGUCUACUGGGUGGGCCCUAUGAUCGGCGGCGCUAUGGGCGCCCUGCUGUACGACUUCAUGCUCUUUCCACGCAUGCGCGGUCUGUCCGAGCGACUGGCCGUGCUCAAGGGCAACCGGCCUCCUGAGGCCGAAGCCCAGCAGGAGACCCGAGGGGAACCGAUUGAGCUUAAAACACAAGCCUUAUAAACACUGCCAGGAAACUUUGGAUCCCUGAAGCAACACACCUCAUUUCACACACCUCAUCUUCACACACCUCCAACAUACCAACAAAGUUUGCCACAGGGAGAAUCACACACACUUCCAAAGGCAAUCGAGACACUAUAACCCCUUCCCAAGGACUAAGAAUGAGGGUAAGAAGAGGACUUCCUGCUGAGGACUGCGCUCUGUACCGCCAGGCAUAGGGAGCGAGAUCAGGUGGCUGACGCCGCUCAGGGGCACCUCUGUCAUUUCUAGUCUACUAAGAGUGAACUACGCUAGAAGUGGACUUCUGCAUGCUUUCCAGUUUCACAGGGUUUAAAUCUCAUUCAUUCAUUCAUUCAUUUCAGUUUAUUUUUUCUUUGAUUUUUCAGAGAUGUGACACGUGUACAAUAUUAUUAGCAUUUUGCAACAGAUUUCUUUACAUUCUACUUACAGUCUACAUUAUUCAGUUGUGCUUGGUGUGUGUGUGUGUGUGUGUUUUUUCCAGUUUGGCUCUUCCAUUUCCACCAUUCGCCAUGUGUUUGUAUCAAUGCGACGUUCUUUUUUCUAUCUCCCAAAAUGAAGGAAACAUUCCUUUAAACCUUCGGUUAGGUGGAUGUUCAUUCACGACUAAAAGCUUUAUAAAUCCUUUGGGAAUUUGGAUCCCUCUUCGAGUCUGUUUUAAACUGUUGUAUUGUUUAACUGUGGCCUAAUGGUCCAGUAUGUGUUUCUUUAAAAGAAGCACAGUCACACCAUCAUACAUAAACAUACAAAACACAACUACGCUAACUUUUACUUGAUACAAGCACUUGAUACCCUCCCCCCAUGUCAUUUUCAAAACUUGAGUUUAGUACUUCCGAAAAAUAUUAUGACGGAGUACAUCACUGUUUUCACCAGUUUAUCAUGUUUCAGGCAUUUUCAUUGAACUUUUUCUGCCAUAAAUCUGCAUGCAUAGAUUUUCUGUUUAGAUUAAUGGGUUUGGCAUUAUUUUGUGUGUAAAUAGCUAAAGUUAGGUGAAAGCAAUGAUAUUUUGUCUCGGGCAAGAGAAUAUUUGUGUAAUUCAUUGUAAAAGAAAUUUGAAACCUCACCGAUCUGAGCAGAAGUGGUUGAAAACAUCAUGGAUACAAUGACCGUUCUUGUUUUUCACAAUUGGAGAGGGAUUUGUUCAUGUAAUUUAGUCACCCCUUCCUCAUUGGUCUCCGAAUAGAGGAUUGCUGAGCGACCGAGAUUUCUGGAUUUAAAUGCACAUUAAUGUUCUUGCAGCAUUUGGAUCUGAUAGAAUGAAAAGGCGAUUACUCCA